GGCCGCGAGGGAGGGAGCGCGAGCGACGACACGCGCGCCCGCCCGCCCGUCCACAGCAGCCCGCCGCCGCCUCAGCAGCCAUGGCGGAGCGCCGCGCCUUCGCCCAGAAGAUCAGCAGAACUGUGGCAGCUGAAGUUAGGAAGCAGAUCUCUGGACAGUAUAGUGGUUCUCCCCAACUGCUCAAAAACCUCAACAUUGGUGGCAAUAUAUCCCAUCACACCACAGUGCCCCUUACAGAAGCAGUAGAGCCAGUGGACUUGGAAGAUUACCUCAUUACUCAUCCUUUAGCUGUGGAUUCUGGGCCUUUAAGAGAUUUGGUUGAAUUUCCUCCAGAUGAUGUUGAGGUUGUUUAUAGUCCAAGGGAUUGCAGAACCCUUGUUUCAGCUGUACCAGAAGAAAGUGAAAUGGAUCCACAUGUUAGAGAUUGCAUAAGAAGUUACACUGAAGACUGGGCAAUAGUGAUCAGAAAGUAUCACAAGCUGGGAACAGGAUUUAAUCCCAAUACAUUAGAUAAACAGAAAGAAAGGCAAAAAGGGUUGCCAAAACAAGUCUUUGAAUCUGAUGAAGCUCCGGAUGGCAGCUACCAGGAUGAGCAAGAUGAUCUUAAAAGACGUUCAAUGUCAAUAGAUGAUACUCCAAGGGGUAGCUGGGCCUGCAGUAUUUUUGACUUGAAAAAUUCGCUUCCUGAUGCUUUGCUUCCCAAUUUACUUGAUCGUACUCCUAAUGAAGAAAUAGACCAUCAGAAUGAUGACCAAAGGAAAUCAAACCGCCACAAAGAACUGUUUGCUUUGCAUCCCUCACCAGAUGAGGAAGAACCAAUAGAACGACUUAGUGUUCCUGAUGUACCCAAAGAACAUUUUGGUCAAAGACUUCUUGUAAAGUGUUUAUCACUCAAGUUUGAGAUUGAAAUUGAGCCUAUCUUUGCGAGCUUGGCUUUAUAUGAUGUUAAGGAAAAGAAGAAGAUUUCAGAAAAUUUUUAUUUUGACCUUAAUUCUGAGCAGAUGAAAGGAUUGUUACGUCCACAUGUACCACCUGCAGCCAUUACUACCCUGGCAAGAUCAGCUAUUUUUUCUAUAACUUAUCCUUCCCAAGAUGUUUUUCUUGUAAUUAAGCUAGAAAAAGUCCUACAGCAAGGAGACAUCGGAGAAUGUGCAGAACCAUAUAUGAUUUUCAAAGAAGCAGAUGCCACCAAGAACAAGGAAAAACUGGAGAAGUUGAAAAGUCAAGCAGAUCAAUUUUGUCAAAGACUUGGAAAAUACCGCAUGCCUUUUGCUUGGACUGCAAUUCAUUUAAUGAAUAUUGUUAGCAGUGCUGGAAGUUUGGAAAGAGAUUCUACAGAAGUUGAAAUUAGCACUGGAGAGAGAAAAGGGUCUUGGUCGGAGAGGAGAAACUCAAGUAUUGUUGGUAGACGAUCACUUGAAAGGACAACGAGUGGAGAUGAUGCUUGUAACCUAACCAGCUUUCGACCUGCUACUCUCACAGUGACAAAUUUUUUUAAACAGGAAGGGGACCGCUUAAGUGAUGAAGAUUUGUACAAAUUCCUUGCUGACAUGAGAAGGCCGUCUUCUGUCUUACGACGACUGAGACCUAUUACAGCUCAGCUGAAAAUCGACAUUUCUCCUGCACCUGAAAAUCCUCAUUACUGCCUAACCCCAGAGCUGCUUCAAGUGAAGCUUUACCCUGAUAGUAGAGUUAGACCUACCAGAGAAAUUUUGGAGUUUCCUGCUAGAGAUGUAUAUGUUCCAAACACUACUUAUAGAAAUCUUCUCUACAUAUACCCUCAGAGUCUGAAUUUUGCCAACCGUCAGGGUUCUGCCAGAAAUAUAACAGUCAAAGUCCAGUUCAUGUAUGGGGAGGAUUCAAGCAAUGCCAUGCCGGUAAUCUUUGGUAAAUCUAGCUGUUCAGAAUUUUCAAAGGAAGCCUAUACAGCCGUAGUAUAUCAUAACAGGUCUCCUGAUUUUCAUGAAGAAAUCAAGGUUAAACUCCCUGCUACUUUAACCGACCAUCAUCAUUUGCUUUUUACCUUCUAUCAUGUUAGUUGUCAACAAAAACAAAAUACCCCACUUGAAACUCCAGUUGGAUAUACAUGGAUACCAAUGCUUCAGAAUGGACGAGUAAAGACUGGUCAGUUUUGCCUACCAGUCUCGCUGGAAAAACCACCACAAGCAUAUUCUGUACUGUCUCCUGAGGUUCCUCUCCCUGGCAUGAAAUGGGUAGAUAAUCACAAAGGUGUUUUUAAUGUUGAAGUAGUUGCUGUUUCAUCUAUCCACACACAGGAUCCUUAUCUUGACAAAUUUUUUGCUCUGGUCAAUGCUCUGGAUGAACACAUGUUUCCGGUACGAAUAGGGGAUAUGCGAAUCAUGGAAAAUAACUUAGAAAAUGAAUUGAAGAGCAGUAUUUCAGCAUUGAAUUCAUCUCAGUUGGAACCAGUGGUUCGAUUUCUUCAUCUUCUUCUUGAUAAAAUGAUUCUUUUAGUUGUUAGACCUCCUGUCAUUGCUGGCCAAAUAGUUAAUCUAGGUCAAGCAUCUUUUGAAGCCAUGGCAUCAAUUGUAAAUCGACUUCAUAAAAACUUAGAAGGAAGUCACGACCAGCAUGGCAGGAACAGCCUACUUGCGUCAUAUAUCUACUAUGUUUUUCGCCUACCAAAUACUUAUCCUAAUUCACCAUCACCAGGAUCAGUACAUUAUGCUACAAUGGCUAGAUCUGCUGUGAGACCUGCAAGCCUUAAUUUAAAUCGCUCACGAAGCCUUAGUAACAGCAAUCCAGAUAUAUCUGGGACCCCCACAUCACCAGAUGAUGAAGUACGAUCAAUCAUCGGCAGUAAGGGUUUAGAUCGCUCCAAUUCCUGGGUUAACACUGGUGGUCCAAAAGCUGCCCCAUGGGGAUCCAACCCCAGUCCAAGUGCAGAAUCAACACAGCUUUUCCAUGAGGAGCUGGCUCUGCAGUGGGUUGUUUGCAGUGGCAGUGUUCGAGAGGCAGCGUUACAACAGGCCUGGUUCUUUUUUGAAUUAAUGGUAAAGAGCAUGGUACACCAUUUAUAUUUUAAUGACAAACUUGAUGCUCCAAGGAAAAAUCGUUUUCCAGAACGUUUCAUGGAUGAUAUUUCUGCUCUUGUCAGCACAAUUGCUAGUGAUAUAGUUUCACGAUUUCAGAAGGACAUAGAAAUGGUUGAGAGACUCAAUACAAGUCUGGCAUUCUUUCUUAAUGAUCUGUUGUCUGUUAUGGACAGAGGAUUUGUCUUUACACUCGUAAAGUCCUAUUAUAAACAGAUAUCUUCAAAGCUUUAUUCAUUACCAAAUCCAAGUGUCUUGCUAUCCUUGAGGUUGGAUUUUCUGAGAAUCAUCUGUAGCCAUGAACAUUAUGUUACCUUAAACUUGCCCUGCAGUUUACUUACUCCCCCUGCAUCUCCAUCACCUUCUGUUUCGUCUGCAACGUCUCAGAGUUCUGGAUUUUCCACAAAUGUACAAGACCAGAAGAUUGCAAAUAUGUUUGAAUUGUCUGUACCUUUCCGCCAGCAGCAUUAUUUGGCAGGACUUGUUUUAACUGAACUUGCUGUUAUUUUAGACCCUGAUGCUGAAGGACUGUUUGGAUUGCAUAAGAAAGUCAUCAACAUGGUACACAACUUGCUCUCCAGCCAUGAUUCAGACCCACGCUAUUUGGACCCCCAGAUAAAGGCUCGAGUGGCUAUGUUAUAUCUACCUCUGAUUGGUAUUAUCAUGGAGACUGUACCUCAGCUGUAUGACUUCACAGAGACCCACAAUCAACGAGGAAGACCAAUUUGCCUAGCCACUGAUGAUUAUGAAAGUGAGAGUGGAAGCAUGAUAAGCCAGACAGUUGCCAUGGCAAUUGCAGGAACAUCAGUCCCUCAGCUAACAAGGCCUGGCAGUUUCCUCCUCACAUCAACGAGUGGCCGACAGCAUACUACCUUUUCAGCGGAAUCAAGUCGAAGCCUUUUGAUCUGUCUGCUGUGGGUUCUCAAGAAUGCUGAUGAGACAGUAUUACAAAAAUGGUUUACAGAUCUUUCAGUUCUUCAGCUUAACCGACUGCUAGAUCUGCUUUAUCUGUGUGUAUCUUGCUUUGAGUACAAAGGAAAGAAAGUGUUUGAAAGAAUGAAUAGUUUGACCUUUAAGAAAUCAAAAGAUAUGAGAGCAAAGCUUGAAGAAGCUAUUCUUGGGAGCAUAGGUGCUAGGCAAGAAAUGGUGCGGCGAAGCCGAGGACAGCUCGAGAGAAGUCCUUCUGGAAGUGCCUUUGGAAGUCAAGAAAAUCUGAGAUGGAGGAAGGAUAUGACUCAUUGGCGUCAAAACACAGAAAAGCUUGACAAGUCAAGAGCAGAGAUUGAACAUGAAGCACUCAUUGAUGGAAAUUUAGCAACUGAAGCGAACCUAAUAAUUUUGGAUACUUUGGAGAUUGUUGUCCAGACAGUUUCUGUAACAGAAUCCAAAGAAAGCAUCCUUGGUGGGGUGCUGAAAGUGCUACUACAUAGCAUGGCCUGUAACCAAAGUGCAGUUUAUCUUCAACAUUGUUUUGCAACACAAAGAGCCCUGGUCUCAAAGUUCCCUGAACUCUUGUUUGAAGAAGAGACAGAACAGUGUGCUGAUUUGUGCCUCCGACUUCUCAGACACUGUAGCAGUAGUAUCAGUACAAUAAGGUCACAUGCUAGUGCCUCACUUUACCUACUGAUGAGACAGAACUUUGAGAUUGGAAAUAACUUUGCCAGGGUUAAAAUGCAAGUAACCAUGUCACUUUCCUCAUUGGUGGGCACAUCUCAGAAUUUUAAUGAAGAAUUCUUGAGACGAUCUCUAAAGACUAUAUUGACAUAUGCAGAAGAAGAUCUGGAAUUGAGAGAAACAACAUUUCCUGAUCAGGUCCAAGAUCUGGUUUUCAAUCUCCAUAUGAUUCUUUCUGAUACUGUUAAAAUGAAGGAACACCAGGAAGAUCCUGAAAUGUUGAUUGAUCUAAUGUACAGAAUUGCGAAAGGCUACCAGACCUCUCCAGAUCUGCGGCUGACCUGGUUGCAGAACAUGGCUGGGAAGCAUUCUGAACGGAGCAAUCACGCUGAAGCUGCGCAGUGUCUAGUCCACUCAGCAGCCCUUGUUGCUGAAUAUUUGAGCAUGCUUGAAGAUAGGAAAUACCUUCCUGUGGGAUGUGUUACUUUUCAGAAUAUUUCAUCAAAUGUUUUAGAGGAAUCUGCAGUCUCAGAUGAUGUGGUUUCUCCAGAUGAAGAAGGUAUCUGCUCUGGAAAGUACUUUACUGAGUCAGGACUUGUGGGAUUACUGGAACAAGCAGCCGCUUCCUUCUCUAUGGCUGGCAUGUAUGAAGCAGUUAAUGAAGUUUAUAAAGUACUGAUUCCCAUUCAUGAAGCAAACCGGGAUGCAAAGAAACUAUCCACGAUUCAUGGUAAACUUCAAGAAGCAUUCAGCAAAAUUGUUCAUCAGGAUGGUAAGCGGAUGUUUGGCACCUAUUUUCGUGUUGGUUUUUAUGGAACCAAGUUUGGAGAUUUGGAUGAACAAGAAUUUGUUUACAAGGAGCCUGCAAUAACCAAACUUGCAGAGAUAUCUCACAGAUUGGAGGGCUUUUAUGGAGAGAGAUUUGGAGAAGAUGUGGUUGAAGUAAUCAAGGACUCUAAUCCUGUAGACAAGUGUAAAUUGGAUCCCAACAGGCCUAUAUUCAGAUUACCUAUGUGGAGCCAUAUUUUGAUACAUAUGAAAUGA